AUGAAGUAUGACAAGGACGGUCACUUGAUCUCCCCGUUUUACGGCUACUGGCCGACCCAGUAUGUCUGCUACAUCUUCCUUGGAGUUUUCGUCAUCAGCACCUUGCUUCAUCUCGGGCAAGCCAUCAAGUACCGAGCCUGGUGGCUUCUCCCAACGGCUGUCCUCGCCGGCUUCGGAGAGUCUGUUGGCUGGGCCGGACGUUUGUGGUCCAGUUACGCCCCUCUCAACGAGAACGGUUACCUGAUUCAAAUUGUGUGUACUAUCGUUGCCGCGACGCCGCUGGUUGGAGCACUUUUUAUCACGUUCGGGCGUAUCGUUAUCUGUCUUGGCGACCACUACGGCCGACUCAGCUCUCGCCUUUACUCCCGAGUGUUCUUGUCCAUCGAUUUCAUCUGCUUGGUUGUCCAGUCAGCCGGCGGAGGUAUGGCAGCCACUGCGAAGGACCAUGCCGGCGGUAUCCUUGGGUCUAACAUCAUGCUCGCGGGCAUCAUCGUUCAGCUCGUUUCCCUCACGGUCUUCGUCGCCCUUGGAGCCGAGUACAUGUGGCGCUACCACAACGGGAUCCCGCUGCGUCCUGCGUCCAUGCAAGUCCUGCGCGAGAGCCCGUCGGAGUCGUCCCUCCUCGGGGGCAAGCAGCUGCCGCACCCCCUCAAGAUGCUCCUCGUCGGCCUCUGCAUCGAGACCGUGGUGCUCUACAUCCGGGCGAUCUACCGCACGGUCGAGCUCGCGGACGGCUUCAACGGCAAGAUCAUCCAGACGCAGAUCUACUUCGACCUCUUCGACGGCUUGAUGGUCGCGAUUGCCAUGAUCGCGCUCAGCGUGUUCCACCCGGGCUUGCUGCUCAAGAGGGCGUCUGAGCUCCGCGAGAGGGAGUUCCCAAUGGCGGCCAAGCAGGCGUAUGCUGAUAACUUUGCGUGA